AAUUCUGUAUCUGGGAUAAUGUUGGAUUCAAACAGGAGUUUUGUGCUGUUCCAGCUGCUCUUGCUCUUUUCGGUUGUAUUGAUCUACAUUAGAUCCACAUCCCCGGGCAGCUUGGAGCCGCAGGAAGUGGAACCACUGAAGGAGCCUCCGCCUGCAGAUCGACUUGUGGUGCUCGUGAGGGACGGACUCUCUGCUCAGACUUUUCUGGCCAACCGCUGCACAAACGUCCCACAGUUGCAGCAACUCUUCUUGCACCAGGGUCUGGUUGGGAUUAGUCGUCCGGAGACCACCACCUACCACUCCAUAUCCCCAUAUAUAUCCUUGUUUUCCGGAUUUAAUGAGGAUGCAGCCACAGUGGCACGCGGAUGGCUGGGAAAUUCCGCACCCAUUGACUCCAUAUUCGAUCGGUGUAAACGCAGUUUUGCGUGGACAACGCGAGAACUAAUUUCACGUUUUCCCACAAUUGAAAGACCUAGGACAUUCUCCUUUGAAGCAUUUGGAGAAGGUGUUACCAAGUCGUGCUCCGAAUUGGAAGAUUUUGUAUGCAGCUCAGUUCAAAGAUUUCUCGGCGGCGCAUCCCGGCUCUUGCUAAAUUCCACAGAAGUCAUCUUUUUUAUCCACAUGACCGGUGUGGAACCAUCAUGUGAAAGCCUCCAAAGGAUUCAGGAAAACGUGUGGAAACUCUACAAAAGUUUUGAGAAAACUUUUCCCGAUCAGAGAACCGUAUACCUAUUUACGUCCAAUCUUGGCGAUCCCCAAACAAAAAGCGAGUCCAGGCCGGCAGUUGAGUCGCCCUUCUUUCUAUGGGGAUCUGGCGUGAAAUACAUUAAGUCCAUGCCAGGACGCAGCUUUGUGGCCAACGAGACGGGCUCCAGGCUGCCCUUGCAUGUCCUUAAUCCUCCCCAGCUGACAGCCUUAAUGAGUGCCCUUCUGGGAGUUCAGCCACCAGUCAACAGCCGUGGAAUGCUGCCCAAGGGAGUGCUCAACGCCAGCUUGCGCUACGAGGCCAAUGCCAUGCUGACCAAUGCCAAGCAGCUCCUGGCUCAGGCUCGCCGGCUGCGGGAACUGCAUCCCAAAAAGAUACCCGCCUUCUGGCUAAACUUUCGGAUGAUGGACAACUUUGUGAGGGAGUCUUUAGUCCUCAAGCAUCAGCGACGUUUCAGGGCUCUCUUGGAGUACAGCUGCAACUUUAUGCCCGUGCUGAUCAUGGGAAUGGACUACUUCAAGGAUUACUACAGACAUGUCUUGGUUAUAGCAGUAAGCUUGGCCGGACUCGGUUGGAUAUAUUGCCUGCGCUGUCGGCUAACAGGUGGAGGAAAGUGCAGAAACCAAAUGGAAAUCCAGGAUGUAACCUCAUCCAAGUGUUUGGUGUAUGCCCGUGGAUUUCAUCGAUUGCUGACAGGUGUGCUGGUGAUAUUUAUGAUGCUCGAAAGGAUUCCAUUGAUGGUGCAGGCGAUUCUGCUCAUGCCCUCACUGUACUGGAGGACGACGCUUAAGGUUCUGGGCGAGAGACCGAGAAUGGCAUGCCGCAAGAGUUUGAUCUCCACCAUCUUACUGGCAUUUAUCUGCUUGGGUGGUUUUUUCCGACGCUACAUCCUGGCAGUGGGCUACCUGGGCUUUGCUUCCUAUAACAACAGAGUUGCCUUCCGGAAAAGGGGCCUCCAGUUCUACCUGUGGCUGCUACUGCUCCUUGGGCUCACCGCGUUAUCAGUUCUUCCGGAAUCGCUGGGUUGCUCCCAGCCCAGUGCCCUCGUGUUCAGUAUCCUGCUCACUCUUCUGCGUCCUUUGGCCUGUGGAGUGUACCUCAAUUUCCUAACCUGGUUGAGCAAUAUACUAGUUCUCCUGGCCGCCUUGGAGUACAUCCUGAUUGGCUGGCAUCCGUGGAUCACGUACAUGGUAUCCUGGAUCUAUUUGGGAUUUGUGGCCAUUUGGCAGCGACGCAAUCUGCAGGCCAGCGAGGUGUUCUUCUUUAACCUGAGCACCGUGUACACCCUCACAUGCACCUCUUAUGAAUCGGUGGUCAUCCAAAUGCUGGCCAUGGAGUUGCAGCUGGCCCUGCGGAUGAAGCAGAACAGAAACGAAUGCAUUGGUCCGAAGACCGCCGCCCACUACAUACUGGUGUACAGCUGGUACUCCCUUUUCGUCAUUGGCAGCUUUCCGGCCUUCGACGAUUACCUGGAUAUCUUGCACGAGACCUGCUUUGGAUACUCACCGCUGACCUAUGGCCUCGUUAUGGUGUUGAAGCUAAUCCUUCCCUGGCUGCUUGUGCUCUGCAUCCUGGCGGGUAACUACAAGAAUCUGGCUUCACACGAACGGCAAAUCUUUGUGAGGCUUCUGCUUAUGAGUAGUGCGAUGUCCUUGGCGCUUCUGCACGGGAUUACUGAUGUUGGUCCUUGGAGGGAGAUCCUCAGCAGAUUCGCUGAGUUUGCGGUGGUCCAGGCGUUUCCAGUUGUCUGGCUGCUGCUGUGGCGACUGGCACAGCUUAAAGUGGGCUCCAAGUGGAUGUCCCAGCUCCCCAAAUGAAUUACAGUUCGUUAAAUAGUUAAAUAGUUUAAAUAAAGCGAAGCAAGCGCCAAAGAACUAUUAAAAAUUCUGGCAGUCUUGUCAAAAAAGCCAGGA